AUAGUGAGAGAGACACCCUCUCAGCUCUGGACCUGGUCUUGGUCUCGUGUUGGAGUAGACAUCAUGAUGAAAGGGGAAGACUCCGAGGAGGUAGAGAUUGAUCUGAGGGACUCCGAUGACCCCGAUGACUUUGAUGAGCAAGAUGAACCACUGCCCCUGUGGAAGGCUCCUCCGGCGUUUGAAGAAGAGGAGAACAUUCACACAUCCACAUUAGUGGAAAUCAGUGAUACCAAGCCUCUGCUCAAUGUUAGAGACCCGAGAGGAAUCAACGACUGUCUGAAGGUGACCUUCGAGGAUGUAAUAGCCGAGCCAGUGUCAGUCCGCAGCGGGGACCGAGUAUGGAUCUGGAGUCAUGCUCUGUUUGAAGUGCUCAGGGUGUGGGUCUACCGGAUAGUCACCGUACUCCUGGCCAUUCCCAUGUCCAUUAUCUCUGGCAUCCUCUUUGCUACUCUCAGCUGCCUCCACAUCUGGAUGGUCCGCCCGUGUAUCCACUGCAUCUUGGUUGGCACAUCCUGGCUAGAGAGACUGUGGAGUAUUGUUUUGGAUGUCAUUGUGCGUCCCUGUCUCACAAGUACGGGGAGGUGCUGUGGAGGCUUCAGCGUCCAUCUGGCCAGAGAAUGAGUCUCUCUUUUUUUUUUUCAACAAGCAUGGAACACACAGACAUUGGGAUCAUCUCCUAUGUCAGUAGUUGUCAGCAAAGUGCAAAUGCUCACCGGUGUCCAUGGACUGAGCCCAAAUGUGCACUGAGACUGGACACAGAGAACGAAACGAUGACAUUUAUUCAACUGCAAGUCACUUCAUGAUUAUACGUUCAAACUUGUUCCUGGAGUCAGUCUUGGCAAAGCCUCUAAAUUGUAUAAUUCUUAUGAAUAUACAUGUUCUUCUUCUGAAUAACAUUUCCCAACUAUAAAUUAAUCUCUGCAAAAUAUAGCCACUCGUCGAGUUUGCUGGCCCUUUUAAAAACACAAGACUUGCAAAACCAAAAAAAAAAGAAAAAAAAAGAGGUUAACAAUUUGCUUGAUAAUUGUAUCGUAUGUUGUAUGAGGUGAAGCCAAGUUUAAAUAUUGCUUUUGCAAGGCUGAGAAGUUGACGGUGGAUCAAGCAGCUUUCAAUGUGAAGUGAGAUCAGUAUGGUCGAGUCUUCUAACUGGAGUCUCUGUGUUUGCUGAUGUCCAUUUGGACAAAGGGUUUCUUCAAGCAGAAAGUUUAGUGUGCCGGCAGUGUAGCUUCUCAUACAGACAUUGUUAGGUUGAUUGAUUUUGAUUUUGAUUUUGCCACAGAAUUCAGUGACGUCACGCAGUUGACAUGCGGAUGUUUAGUCACGGUACACAUCAUAGCCCUCGCUCUGUGUUUCAUAUUUCCUCACCUUUUGAUACUUUGCAUUUCUGAGUCUGAAGUUCACAGAGAAAUAUGGAAACACAGCAAGUUAUUACGUGAAAUAUUGGUCUCAAAAAAGCUGUGUCUAUUUGGAUGAGAUGUUUAUGUUAAAGUUUUUUCUGUUUGGAGAGGAAUGGCGGGGGAAAGGCAAUAUGCACACUACUUACCUGUAUGAAUUAAUGUCUUGAUGCAUGCUCAAUAAUGCAGGUAAGAACAUCAAAGAAGGUUGGAUCAGUUCAUCUGGAUACAAUGUUUAUAGACAGAACAUCAAAGAAGGUUGUAUCAGUUCAUCUGGAUACAAUGUUUAUAGACAGAUCCUGUCAAUAAACAUUGUAACCAAAUGAACUGAUUCAACCUUCUUUGGCGUAUGAAUUAAUGUUUUCUUCAAAGAACCUUAUGACUGAUACAUUCAGUUACUAUCAAAUUAAUUCAGUCUUUAGCUAUGGCUAUUACAGGCCACGCUUAAAUCUGACGAUUUUCAGUUGGAGAUUGUGAUAAUUUCUUAGCCCUUACGUUGAUUGUAAAUUGUGCUCUAAUAGGACUGCUUUUUUUCUUUAAUUUACACAGUCGAAAAUUUUGAUGGAACUAAACAAAAUUUCAUCAAAUAUCUUGUCGUUUGAAAAAGUAAAUGAUACUGAAAUCGAUAUAUUUUUAUUAAAAAGUUUGUAAC